AUGAGGUUUGGAAUACAAUGUACACUAGAUGAUAUUGAUCUUUGUAGGAAAAUCAUCAAAGCGACUGAAGAUGUUGGAAAAUUAAUUUCUUCCGUAAUAUUAUUUGAUGAACCCUUAAUUGUAAUAGCAAUGAUCGAAGAAGCUUGUGUAGAAGAUGAUUCUUGUCCGAGUGAUGGCGAUAUUUUCGGAAUAGCUGUUCCUGGAUCAUUUGUUUUAUUAGAAGAUUCAGGAAUCGAAAGACUUUAUCCACAGCCAUUAGCGAAACAAUUUUUCAAGGAGCAUCCAGAUUAUGACGAUAUAGACAUUAUGGUUCAGUUUGUACUCCGAUCAAAUUAUAGUUAUUGGUUUCAAGGAGAUCCUUUACCAACUGAUAAUUCCACCACAAUAGAUUUUGCAUAUAUGAUGUUACAUGAAAUUAUCCAUUCAUUAGGAUUCUUUUCAUCGUGGGGAAGUUGGUUUGAACAAGUUGAUAAUGAGAUACCAUAUCUAACUCCUGAACCUCGAUGUGUAAAUGUCGAUGAUGAUGAUAGAUGUAAUUUAUGGACUGGAUUUUAUGAAUAUAUAUUUGAUAAAUAUCUAUUGAAUUUGAAUACUGGUGGAAAAUUAACGGACAAAACUGUUCAAUUAAAUAAAUUUUUUGGUUCAGAUGGAAUUCCCAAUCUAAGUAAGAACUUUUUAAAAAUAGAUUUUAUACAUUCUCCGCAAUUUGACAUUGCAAAAGAAAUGAACGUACUGGCAACUACUAGUGGUACAAUUGGAUUCUUAUCUUGGAAUGAUACCGAUUUUAGUGAUUGUCUGGUGCUGGAAACAAAUAUCAACCCUUUUGAUAAUAUCAUUAGUCUCAGUCAUGUUGACAACGUAAAAUACAAUAAUACAAGUGAUUUCUUAAUGAGAAAUGACCCGCUUUUAGGGAGAUCACUUCAUGAAAGUAUUAUUACUGGUGGGAAUUACACAAAUGGAACUUUAGCUGGAUCUAUUGGUCCUAAAUUAAGAAAAGUCUUGGAAACAUUAGGAUAUCCCACCGUGGACAAAUCAAAUACAUUACAUAGUCCAAAUCUUCCUAAACCACAUUCGUUUUAUAAUAAUUCAGGAAAUCAUUCAACAUCUAUCGCCAUAUGUCAAAAAUAUUUGCUUACAAUUAUUGUAAUUUACUUUAUGAAAUUUAUAUAA